UUUCAGUUCCAUCCAUCACUCCCUCAUAUCUUCUCUUGUCUUUUCUUCCACCGCCUCCAUCUUUUCUAGUCUUUCAACGCAAUCACAAAAAACCUCUCUUUCUUUCUGCUUUUCUUGAGUUGUGCAGAAAGAAAUGACCUUCAGCUCACCCCACAGCUGCAUUGCACUCAAGGUGAUGAUGCAUUUCUAUUCUCAUAUUUAAGUGCACCCUUUUGUUUUCCAUCAUCACUUCCCUCGUUUUCUGCAUCACUUUUACACCGUCAAAACACCAGUAAAAUCUGACCCCUCAGUGGGGCUUCCUGCGACCCUUACUCUCCGCACACCCCCUUCUCUCUUCUUCACAUUCUCACUUUCUUAUCUCUAUUUCAUGCCAUUAAGAACCACACCACUUUGCUUUACAAGGUGUGCAAGUGCAAGCUUAUUAUUAGCAGCACAAGGUAAAAAAAAAAAUACAAAGCGGUGGUGUUAAUUAUUGUUGUGGGUGUGGUAAUGAGUGGUGAAGAUGGGUAAAACACCUUGUUGUGAGAAACAUGGAGUCAAAAGGGGAGCUUGGACUCCUGAAGAAGACCAAGCCUUGGUUGACUACAUCAAGGAGCAUGGUCAUGGAAGUUGGCGUACACUUCCCAAACAUGCAGGUCUCUUACGAUGUGGAAAAAGUUGUCGGCUUCGGUGGAUAAACUAUCUUCGCCCUGGUAUCAAGCGUGGCCCGUUUACCAGUGAAGAAGAAAGCACAAUUGUUCAACUCCAUGGCAUGCUUGGCAACAGGUGGGCUGCUAUAGCAUCCCAAUUACCUGGAAGAACAGACAAUGAGAUUAAGAACUAUUGGAACACCCAUCUAAAGAAGCGUCUCCUUCGAUCAUGUCAUUCCCUAAGAGAAAAACAGUCGUGUCUGGUUCUGGAUCAAACUAUUGUCAAGUCUGAAUCUCCUUCUACGCGUCACAUGGUACAGUGGGAAAGUGUAAGAGUUGAGGCAGAGGCAAGGUUGUCAAUGGAAUCCUCGUUCCUCAAUUCAUGGCCAAAGAGUUCAACAUGCCCUGAUCAUUUUCUUCAUCUUUGGCAUUCUGAGGUUGGAAAGUCAUUUCGCAUGGUCAAGGGAAAGGAAGGGAUUGUGAGUCAAAGUCCUGUUUCACAUCCUUCAUCCUCAUCUAAAUUGGAGUCUUGUUCAGAUGUGUCAUUGCAGGUGAAAAACAGUACUAGUAGCCUCUAUCCAUGCAUUGAGGAUGUGAACAUGGUUCAUGAACAGAUAAGUAGCUACAAACCAAAGCUUGAUGACACGGCUGGGUCUGACUCAGGCAAUUAUGAAUUUCUUGAUACUUCAGAUUCUGCAUUAAAGCACCUACUACAUAUCUCUGAUGAUGUUGGAUUCCUGGGACAGAAUGAUAAUUUCUUGAAUCUCCUUGAUGCAACAUGUGACCAAGAUAGUUUCUUUCAUAUCUCUUCAGAGAAAGGCAAUCUUUGAACUGACAAGAAAAUUUUCUUUGCCUUUUGUGAUGAUUUCUUCAUUUUUGUAAAUGCACUCACUAUGUAGCUGGUUUUGAAUAGUUGGUCAAGAGGGGAAAAAGAUAGAUAGAAGAAUAGUUGCCAGAGUUCAACUUUACCUUCUACUUGACGCUUGAAGUUAAAAUUAAACAUUAAUGGAUUCAGAGUUAAUGACAUUA